AAUCAAACAGCCCAACUCUAAUUGUGGAAGCCAUGAACCAGCUUAACAGAUGUUCAGUCUGGGUCCCGCCCGCUUGCAUAAUCGUCGCCACAACCCUAUCAUUCCUUUGCGUACUUUCGGGCGUCCACCCAGGAUGGGUUAAGUGGUUAUCACAUUAUUCGCGUCAGGGCUUUCCAAGAAGCGCUCAUAAACCUGGUGGGAAAGAUACCUGGGGUAGACGAUAUAAUAGGAGCUUCUCUAAACAACAUAAUGGAGGAUAUUGGUAUACCGGAUUCAAUAUCAAUCUACGCCGUGCGCUACUGUAUCGAGAAAGCUCUGAGACGUGGUAGAAAUGCUACAAAAUGUUUCACCCGUAACUCAUCGGGAUUUGGCGUUGCUUUUGAGUUACGCAUAGCUCUUGCCUUGUUGUAUGCAGUAGGAAUUACAUCGUCGAUACUGAGCCUAGCGGUGCUCCUCCACGCUCUCAUUAUCCGAUGUCAAGAUGACAAGCACCGCUAUUGGAGCGGAAUAUGGACAUGGAUCGCCCUUGGCGCUGUUCUGUUUGGGUCCGUUACCGUUACAGUUGUGAUAUAUGCGGUGCACAUGGCACUAGCUGAAAAUCUACCGCGGUCGAUCCUCUCAGUCGAGAUCGGUGAGAAAUUUCGGUCUUACAUGGUCGGCAUGCGCUUGCUUAGCGCUGCGCUCGUUCUCAUGCGUUCAGAGAAGAUGCGGAAUUCUUGGUCGCUAAACCGAGGGUACUGGAUCGCACCGCCCACUCUUUCUUGCUACAGCAGGGUUGAGGUCUGUUCUGACACCCCCUUCCUGAUAGUCAUAUGUGCCGAGGAAGAGGUGUUAAGGAUAUAA